AUGAGGCAGAAGAAAACGCUCAAGGUGAGCAUCCACGAAAUUAAAAAGUACUGCCCCUUCGUGAAAGACAUACAACUCUUUUACAAUGCCAACGAGAGCAAAAGCAAAGACAAGCAAAACAAAAACAAUGUGGUCUUGUCAGUCAUGUCCAAUCUGUGCCCAGUGGGAAAGGCCAUUAACGAAAAGCGUCUAAUCAUAAUAGACAACAAAUCGAAAAUAAAUAUUUUUAAAAUUCUCAGAAAGUCUAAUAUCAUAUCGAGGCAUUUGGUGGACUCUUUGGCAGCUCGACGUGGGACGAUGGAGCUAAAAGGGGAGCAGGGGGGUGAGGAAAAUGGGGGGGUUAGUGGAGUUGGUAAAAUAUUGCGUGGUGCGUAUAGUCUUACCGAUGACGUUUGCAGAACGGAACAUAACCUUUGUGGAGAAUGCGUGUGUAAGAGCUGGGGCCAGACUCCCCCACAAGAAAAUACCCUUAGUGUAGUUGAAAAUAAGCCCAGUGGCUCAUUAACAUGGUCAAAUGAAGCCUACAAAAUAUUCCAAGAACAGUGCACAAAGGAUUUAAAAGAACUUUUAAAUAAACUUUAUUUAGACAAAAGAUACAGAGUGUUUACCAUCCUAAACAAAUGUAGAAAGUAUUAUCCAAAUGUACAUGUCGAAAAUGGCAAAUUAUUGCUUCCCAUUUUUUUUGAAUUUUUUCAAAAUUUUGGCUACAAAAGUUGUGUUGGGAAUGGUGCUUACAGAAUUGGGGGCGACUAUGAUGCCUUCGCGGAUGGAUUGAAAAGUGUCUCCUCAAGGAAGGAAAAAAGUAAUACGUGGAAGGCUUCCCACUUGUGGACAUCUCCCCACGUGUGCACACCUACGAUGAGGACAACCAACAACCAAACGGUCGUGUGGUGCUCUAACGAUUAUCUAUGCUUGUCGAAUAACCAGCAAGUGAUAGAUGUGGGAAUAGACACGUUGAAAAAAAUUGGGAACAGUAGUGGAGGCACAAGAAACAUCUCAGGUAGUUUACUAAAUCAUAGUCACUUGGAAUAUAUUUUGGCUAAAUGGUUUAAUAAAGACAGUGCAUUAUUAUUUACUUCGGGGUAUAUAGCAAACGUGGGUGCAUUAGAAACAUUGGGAAAAUUACUAAAUCUUGUGUUCGUGUCGGACCAAAUGAAUCAUGCAUCUAUAAUAAAUGGAAUCCGAGAAUCCAGAUGUGAAAAAAUUAUAUUCAAACAUAACGAUAUGGUAGAUCUAGAAAAGGUUUUAAAAAAUUUAAGAACAAAUAAAGAAUAUCAAAAUAGAAAAAUUAUGAUUGUGUUUGAAUCCAUUUAUAGUAUGUCAGGCAAUAUUUCUAACAUUCCACGUAUUGUUCAGCUAGCCAAAAAAUAUAAUGCACUUACCUAUGUUGAUGAGGUUCACGCGGUAGGAUUGUACGGAAAAACGGGUUCUGGAUAUUUAGAAGAAUUAAAUCUAUGUGAUCAUAUUGAUAUAAUUAAUGGUACUUUAUCCAAAGCGAUAGGUUCUUUGGGUGGGUUCAUUUGUGCCAACAAGUAUUAUAUUGACGUCAUUAGAUCCUACUCUCCCCAUUUUAUUUUCACCACGUCCUUGACGCCUGUUAAUAUUAACACAUCUGCGGAGGCCAUUCACAUAAUUCAGACGGACAUAAAUUUGAGAAAUAAAUUUCGUCAAGUUGUCCAAAAGACAAAGGAAAAGUUGGAGCAAAAGGGGAUCCAUAUUAUGAAGAACAACUCCCACAUUGUUGUGGCCUUGAUUAACUGUGCUGAGAAAUGCAAGCAAAUUUGUGACGAGCUGCUGACGGAACAUAAUAUAUACCUGCAGCCGAUUAAUUACCCGACCGUUUCGAGGGGAUCGGAAAGGAUCAGAAUCACGCCCUCGCCGUACCACACAGAUGAGCACAUUGAAAAACUGGCGAACAGCCUUUAUCUGCUCUUCAAGAAGUACCAAGUAAAUAUGUUUGAUAGGAAGAACAGUCAAGCGGAAAUGAAGCUAUAG